AUGGCGAUGUCCCGGGAGCCCCCUGUCUCUGCAGCUGAGGACAUAGCCUCACGCCCCGUGGACAGGCCGUCUCUGCCCGGUCCGCUGCGGUGCCUGCUCACUGAGUCGGUGGAUGACGCAGAGGGGCUAUGUGUCGCCGUGGAGCGUUGUCCUCUGUGUGGGACCUCCCGAAGGAGACUGACCUGCGCCCGCUGUAUCCACACCGGGGACUUCGUACACCUGAACGACCGCGGGUCAGAGAGAUACUCAGAGAAACUGGAGCGUUUGAAGAAACUGAGAGAGGAGAAGGACGCUCUGCAGAUAAGAGUGUUGGAGGCCAUGGAGAAGAAGAUCCACGCCGACCAGAGGGAGUGGAAGGUGAUGUCGUCUAAAGGCAGAAUUCUGCAGCUGAAGGAAGCAGUGUCUGUGACCAAGGAACAACUGAAGAGUGAGUGCUCGUUGCUGCUACGGUCGCAGGACGAGGUGCAGCGGCUGCAACGGCGAGCAGCUCGUCAUCAGGAGAAACGAGACAAGAUUGAGCGCCACAACAGACGCCUCACUGAGCUGCAAGACAAACGGCUCCGAGAACUCACCUCCAGACUGGACCUGCUCAGCCAGUGCCGCAGAGACCACGUCCACGAGGUCUCAACACACAUCUUCACUCUCCAGGAGGACAAGCCCUCCUCCAGGGAGGAGGACCCACUCGCGCUGCCUAGCAACGGAGACUGCUCCGCCUACUACAGCCCAGGCCCCGCUCCCCCUGCCGCAUGCCCCGCCCCCUCUGCACCAGAGACAGAGCUGGAGCUGAACCCGGUCCACACCAUCAGUGCCGCGCUCUGCUACACCACACAGCUCACCACCAUCCUGUCCCACAUCCUAGACAUCAACCUGCCCAAGAAGCUGUGCCACAGUGAGUUCUGUGGAGAAAACCUGAGUCGUUACAGAUUCACCAGAGCUCUGAACAAACUCAACACCAACGUCCUGCACCUCUGCUUCUCACAGCUGGUGGACAGUGAGAAGCUCCAUCCUCACCACACUCUGAGAAACCUCAUGUUCCUGGUGUCUCCUGGAAACCAGCAUCUGGGCAGGACCGGUCCAUUUGAGGUGUACGGGGGUCUUGAGGAGUCCAUGGAGUUCCUGGAGCCAGAGGGAGGACUGGAGGAGAGCGGAGAGGAGACGGUGACUGACGAGGAGACUGACCUGGGGACUGACUGGGAGACUGUGCCCUCCCCUCGCUUCUGCGACAUCCCUUCACAGCCCAUGGAUCUUUCCCAGAGUGCACUGCAGGUGUCUCAGCCGUCUGCUCACUCCGGUGGAAUGAUCUCCUCUGCUGCCGCCUCAGUUACUUCCUGGUUCAGAGCGUACACAGGACAGCGCUGA